UAAAAUCCUGCUGACGCUUCGUCCUGUUCGCUGUUCGUUCCCGGAGAUGGUGACUGACAGCUGUCCGCCGCUGGCUGUGUGUGCUCAGCUUAUCCCUCUCCUCUUAUUGGGUUUCAACAUUGUUUCAGGAGCUGCAAAGGAACAUGACACAUCAUCACAGAUUUCAUCGAACGGCAAUGAACCACAGAAAACAUCUGUAGAGAUCGAUGAAAUUGUUUUUGUUAUUCAGAGUCAAAAGCAAUCCUUCCAUGCAAGUCAAGCAACCAAACUCAAACAGGAUAUCUUACUGCAGGCUGAGGCUUUUAGUCAGUAUCUACCUACAGUGCUGCUUAUUCAUGAAUUGAGCAAGCAUGAAGGAGCUUGGACAAUCAUUCCCAUAAUACCACACCUUUCAACGACUUAUGGCAAGAAAUCCUGGAUUUUCUUUUGUGAAGAACAAACAAAGAUACAAGUUCCAAAGCUGUUGGAGGUCAUCAGUAGAUAUGACAAAACAAAGGAAUGGUUUUUAGGAAAGGCGCUGUAUGAUGAACAAUCUACAAUUAUUCACCAUUAUGCUUUUGCUGAAGAUCCGGUGGUUUUUAAAUAUCCAGAUUUUGCUGCUGGCUGGGCCUUGAGUAUUCCACUUGUCAACAGGCUUGCAAAACAAUUGAAGAUUGAGAAACCUUUUGCAGAUUUUACUAUAGACUUAAAACAUGAGAUUGCACUCUUUAUAUCACAAAAAUCUAAUGGUCCUCAGCUGACUUCAGUAAAGGAAUUCUGUACAGAAGCUGAAACCUCACCUGAAGCAACCAACUGUGCAACUACAUUUCAUACCUACUUUCCAUUUUGUGGAAAAGCAGUAGAGAAGAGAAACCUCUUUUUUGCUGUAAAAACCUGCAAAAAAUUCCACCAGGAAAGAAUACCCAUUGUGAAGAAAACUUGGGAAAAGCAAGCAGCUCUAAUUGAGUACUAUAGUGAUCAUGCAGAUAGCUCCAUUCCAACCCAGUACUUAGGAAUACCGAACACUGAAAGAGGGCACUGUGGCAAAACAUUUGCUAUUCUGGAACGAUUUGUUAGUCCUGCUAUCCCUGAGGUUCCCUGGCUCAUGAUUGUGGAUGAUGACACGUUAAUAAGUAUCCCAAGACUCCAAAGAUUAUUGAGCUGCUACAAUCCAAAAGAACCAGUUUUCCUUGGAGAGCGUUAUGGAUAUGGACUGGGCACUGGUGGAUACAGUUACAUAACAGGAGGUGGAGGAAUUGUCUUUAGCAGAGAAGCAGUAAAGCAAUUACUUGCAAGUGGAUGCAGUUGUUACAGUAAUGAUGCACCUGACGAUAUGGUUCUGGGAAUGUGUUUCAACAGCCUUGGUAUCCCAGUAACACACAGUCCUCUUUUCCACCAGGCACGCCCAAUGGACUAUCCAAAAGAUUAUCUUGCACAUCAGGUUCCAAUUUCAUUCCAUAAACACUGGAAUAUUGAUCCUGUUGAAGUCUAUCUCACUUGGUUGGCGAAAGAGGAUGAACCUGUAUCAGACCAAAUAAUAAGGAAACCAAAAAAGGAAAGGGAAGAUUUAUGAAUGCCUUCCUAAUGAAUAUGCAUUUUUAAUAUAUCGAUAAAUAGUUCUUAGAUUUCACUAAGACUGAAUGCAAAUAGCAUCACGAUUUUCAAAAUACCCUCCAAAGCCGUAUUCACAUUAAAAAUUUUGCUUAAUACUUUUUAUAUUACUAAGUAAAUUGCUGACUUAUAUUUGUAAUUCACUUGGGCAGUAUUUGAAACAGUAUUUCUGGAAAGUUUGUGCAAUCUGUGCUUUGCUGUUAAUGUUAUAAGAAUUUAUAUAAUUUUGUAAAAAUAAAGUUCUAUCUAUAUAAA